ACUCAUCAUACAACAAAACUAUAUUUUCACCAAUCCCAUCUUAUUUAGGUAUGCAACAAUCUCAAACCAAAAUCCGAUUUUGGAAUCUUGAAGUGUGAUCACUCGCAAUCAGCAGCAAUGAAGUUUGGGAAAGAGUUCAAGACCCAUUUGGAAGAAACCAUCCCUGAGUGGAGGGAUAAGUUCCUCUGUUAUAAACCAUUGAAGAAACUCCUGAAUCACCACCUUCCUUCAACCACUACCACCGCCACCACCACCCCCAUCAAUCUCCCUCUUCAUCUUCUCCAACAACCCUCUUCCCCACAACUCCUGCAGGCUUGGUUUGUCAGGAUUCUCAAUGAAGAGCUUGAAAAGUUCAAUGAUUUCUAUGUGGACAAAGAGGAAGAGUUUGUUAUCCGCUUUCAGGAGCUGAAAGAGAGAAUCGAGCGUCUUAAAGAUAAAAGCAGCCACAGUGAAAUGUACACAUCUGACUGUGAAUUCAGUGAAGAAAUGAUGGACAUCAGAAAGGACUUGGUUACCAUCCAUGGAGAAAUGGUGCUCCUAAAAAACUACAGUUCUUUAAACUUUGCAGGACUAAUUAAAAUUUUGAAGAAGUAUGAUAAAAGAACUGGUGGGUUGUUGCGUCUGCCUUUUACACAAUUUGUUCUUCGUCAACCUUUUUUCACCACUGAACCCCUCACAAGACUAGUUCAUGAAUGUGAGGAAAAUCUAGAACUUCUCUUUCCCCUACAAGCAGAAGUAAUCCAAUCUUCUCCCCCUCCAGAAAAUCCGGCUAGACCGCCGGCAGAUGGCGCGACAAAUGCCUUACCUGAGGCAUCCUCAACUCUUGGGGAGGAAACCAUGUACAUAUAUCGUAGCACUCUUGCUGCUAUGAGAGCCAUAAAGGGUCUUCAGAAAGCAAGCUCCACUUCCAAUCCAUUUUCCUUUUCUUCCCUCUUUAGCAACCAAGAUGGUGAUGGCACCGGUGCUGUAACAGCUGAAAACUCGGCAGCAAAUUCUCCGGCGACCUUGCCGAAUGAAGCCAACACUGGCAAAGAGGGAGCCAAUUCUGUGUAGGAUAAGUUUUCUUUUAUGGUUGCUUCUUGUAUCUUCUUUUGAAUUGCUUUUUCAACCUUGUUAGUUCAAACUAAAUUAAAUGACAUCUUUCUAUUCGUA